UGUUUUCUAUCAGCGUGUCGCAAAACAGUGUAGUGUGUUAUCGGUUCGUUUUUUUUAUUGGCCGUUGUAUCCGGGUACUUUAUACCGUCGUGCCGAGUUACCGUAUGGAUCCGAGGUUGUUCAUCGUCAUCGAGUAACAACGAACCACGACAGGACUAGUUGCACAUAAGCCAACAGUGCCUCUUUUGGGGAUCGACACAGGAUAUUCCACCUGUCGGACAGUUUUUUUUUGAGCAUCAAGUGGUCAAUGCGUUCGAAUUCGACAUCCACGUUAUCGCCAUUCGACAUCACCAGCAUCGCAGUCAUCUUUGAGAUCAUCGGCUAUUGUUAUCAUCAGCCUACACGAACGAACAAAGGCGGUCGUGAAACACAAGGUGGCAGACAAAGGCACAUCGUUGGACGAAGAUACGGAUCUUCUUCUGAGCCGGCUUUCUUACUUAAUCUAUCGUCAAUUCAGCGCUGGAUAUUAGAGUUUGGAAAAUUUGACGAUUGAACUAAUACUUAUAAGAAACUUAUCAUGCUGAAGCUGUUUCCAGUUGACAAGUCAAAAGGAAGGAUUGAAUCCCACUUAAAGAAGAAUCGUAACCAAAGGAAAAACUCCAGCAUCUGAACAGUCCUCGAGAACGGGAAUGAUGAAUUAGGUGAAAAAUUUCUCGCAUUAGAAGAGCCAUUUUUCUUCAUAGGAAAAAAUUAUCACCAUUGUAGUGAGUACAUGGCAGAAGUACAUCGCCACAUCCCCAUCGAGUGAACAAGGAUUUAAUUGUUCCAUCACGGCCAGGAUAAAGUACAUAAAUCACGUCCCAGUCCAGAUUCUCCACCAGCCCUGCCCAUCAUUUGGACAAACGUCGAAGGGCUCCCUCCCCGCCAUUCAGUAGUGGUUGUCGAGAUUGAAGCAUGAUUUUCAUUCAUCACCGAGAUUUCUGCACCUCAUUCUUCAAGUGCUUCGCCCUCCUAACGAAGUGAAAUGAAAAGGCGGAUAAAAAAAGAGUAUCGAACAAAAGCCAAACAUUACCGAACGUUUUGGGAUUAAUUGCAAUAAUGUGUUGCGAUUCCAGUGGACCGUCCAUUGGACUAGUUAAGGCUGCUGCUUGCUGAAUGCUGAAAGCAAACUCCGGUCUCGUGGGUGAUUCAUUAACUUCCGGAGUGAUGGAGCAUGGGAGAAGUGCGGCUGUUUGUCUGCUCAGCGGGACCUCCCGGGAAGAUUGUGAUGGAUUACAAUUAUUGGACACUUUGGCAGCGAAACACUCACAUCGAUACCAUCACUCGGAUAUCCUACCAUCAUUCAAAAAACCUCCUAGUGGAAUACAUGAAUGCGACCAUCGAAAAAACCUUCACAACGACAUGGGGCUACUUCAACGCCACAACGGGCAGAUUCGAUGGAGUAGCAGGACAGCUGAUUGAAAACACAACCGAGUUCAGUGGCACCUUGCUACUGCUAAUCCAAGACCGCUUGAAGCACAUUGACUAUCUGAAAAUGCCCAUCAUCGGUUAUCUGCGGCUGAUUUUCAAAGUUCCGAAACUGUCCAUCACAGAAAACAUUUUCCGGAUGCCAUUCGAUAAUGCCGUCUGGGGCUCACUGCUAGCUCUAGUUCUGACAACGGUGGCGCUCUCCCUAGCGAUGAACAAAUUUAACAUCCAAAAAUCUAGAAAGGAACAUCCAACCGAUUCAGCUUUCGACAUUGUCCCGGUGGCCCUGCAGCAAGGAACACUGCUGAUCCCGAAAUCCGUUUCCCAGCAAAUUUUCAUUCUCAUCGGUCUCGUUGGGCUAAUGUUUAUUUUUACAAGUUUUUCAGCGAAGAUAAUCUCCCUAAUCCAGGCACCGUCCGAGCGGAUCAAAACCAUUCAGGACCUGCUGGAGUCGAGAAUCGAGGCCGGGGCGCACGACGUUGUGUACAAUAAGGUUUACUUGGCGGCAGCUACUGAGCCGUCGAAGAAAGCGUUUUACAAGAAAAAAAUCCAGCGCCGAGAUGGAUCCUUGAAUAUGUACAAACUGGAGGAGGGCGUGGCUAAACUUCGUCAGGGUCUUUUCGCGUUCCAUGGCUACACCCCGGGGAUUUACCACGUAAUCAGUGAAACGUUCGACGAUGUGGAAAAGUGCAGUCUGCGGGAGCUCAGCGUCAUCGAGAGAACUCCCGGCUUUCUGGUGAUGCAGAAAAACUACACCCUCAGGGAGCACUUGCAGGUGGGCGAUACGCGAAUCUUCGAGGCCGGGGUUUUCAACCGAGAACAUCGCCGGAUUAUGACCGGGAAGCCGGGAUGCGUCAAGGGGACCGUUUUUCAGCCGCUCAGUGCCAUCGACGUUCGGUUUUCGAUGCAGGUGAUGGCUUGUGGGAUCGGGAUAGCCGCCCUCGUGCUGCUGCUGGAAAUUCUUGUGCGAUGGUAUCAGAUGCGGCAAAUACCACUAUUUCAGUACCUUGAAUAGGAAGGGGAAAUAUUGCGUUAAUGAGCUUGUGGCACGCACGCACGUAGAGUAUACGGUAGAAUGAAAGAUAAAUACAUAAACGAUACGUGGCACAUUCUUGCACAUGAAAUAUCUCAAUGGAAUUGUAAAAAAUUGAGGAUGAUUCAAAUGGCUGAAGGGCUUAGAAUGAAGUUAUCACACUAUGCAACUAUGAAACCAGCCCUUACUUUAUGUGCUUGAGAAGUAAACGCGCAAAACAUAUUAAACAUACUACAGAUAAUAACUCAAAACAAAUUUAUCUUGGAAAGUUAUUGUUACUGAAUUUUAAACAAAAUAUAAAUUGAUUAUAUCUCUUUAAUCUACAAAAUCAAGUUAUAAACUUUAAAAAAAAUGGAAAAAAGGUUUCGUGGGGCAUAAGUUAACAUGAACCACCCCACGAAAGUGUGUUGAGCUUAAAAUCGCAAUCAAACUGUUAUCGUUUCUGCUUAGCAAAAGCCCAAUUUCACAAUAGUUGCUAUCAGUUGACUUAUGUACGCAUUAUAUGCUAAUUUUAUUAUUGUCUCUAUCCGUUAAAUGUUUUAAGCCCCUGUAAAUUGUACCGGUUUUGAACUCAAACACAAGGUUCAUAUCCAAAAUAUGCUUAGGUAUAUGCAUUAAGGUUGUUC